AUGUUGCAUUGUUUGCAAGAAGACGAAGCCAGUUCUGUCCAAUCAGAAUGGCGGAUAUGGUCUGGCCAGCGGAGCUUCGGGGGGGUGAGGCUCAGAUUAGACAGGGUAUCUUUCGCCAGGAGUUUCGGUAAUAAUACAUACAGUAUGACAUGGCACGGGGAGAAAGCGCCAUUAAGACCAUUGCUGCAUGAGGCAAGCAAGAUAAUAGUGGCCUCAGGGGAAUUGGGAGGCACGAGGCGUCGUUUGAGUUUCGAAAGCGGUUUGGGGUGGGAGGCAGAAUGCUUCAUCAACGAGGUAUUUGAUUGGCGGAGACGGGCAAAGUUGAACGCCUCAAACGCUGGGACACCUGUGAUGGACACGGGUCCCGCUUGCCAGGGACAGUUCCAUCAGGGGCAUCAAAUGAUCGUGCUGCACCUUGUCAAAGACAGGGUAUUGGCGCUGGUGAGUCGUGGCGUGGGCGGAUAA